CCUUCUUCCAUAUAUUUUCUUUCUGAAUAUAUUUUCUUUCUGAAACACGUCAAAAUGUCUUCGAAGACUUUCCUUCUUCUUGCACUUGCUCUAGCAACUAUUCUUUUCAUUAGCUCCGAAAUGGCUGCAGCUAAGAACCUGGAGUCCAACAAUCACAGUGAGGUAGAAGAUGCAAAGUAUGGUGGUAAUGACCGUGGAUACAACAAUGGUGGUGGAGGUUACAACAACGGUGGUGGAGGUUACAACAAUGGUGGUGGAAGAUACAACAACGGUGGUGGAAGAUACAAUAACGGUGGUGGACGAUACAACGGUGGCGGCGGCCGUGGAGGAGGCUAUUGUAGAUAUGGUUGCUGUGGUGGUGGACGUUACUACAACGGAGGGUGCAGGUGUUGCAGCACUUAUGCAGAGGCAACUGCAUACAAACAAGCUCAUGAGGCCCAAACUCACAACUGAUAUAAGCAUUUAAGCUCUAUUUCACUAUGUGUAGUAUAUAUAUAUAUAUAUAUAUAUAUAUAUAUAUAUAUAUAUAUAUAUAUAUAUAUAUAUAUAUAUAUAUAUAUAUAUAUAUAUAUAUAUAUAUAUAUAUAUAUAUAUACCGGCCUUAGUGCUUAUGUUUAAUAACUGUGGUUGUAUGGUUUUCUGUUGAAGUAUGAACUUAAUAGUUCUAUAAUGGAAAUAUUUAAACACCUUUGUAUGUGGGAGUUUACUCCUUUGUUUCUAUUAAAACGUAGCAGAGACUAUGUUCUAUAUAUAAAUGUGAGUUUUAGGUUACUGUUA